CAGGGCCGCCAUUUUUGCACAGGGAUUGAAGGAUCCAAUUUUUUAUCAGUCGGUUUUAGUGGAUGAAAAUUGAGGGUUUAAAAUAAAUAAAACUCAGCAAAACUAUAGGCUGUGCUUAGAACAAGACUCCCGGAACUGUACGCUUACAAAAGAGAGCACAUAGCAGUUUAGUAUCAGUUUUUAUCCUUUUCAUAAAUCUUCCUUGCUACAUCCGCAGUGGAGACUGAAGAGUAAUUGUUUUGGUGCCCUGUUUCUCCAUUCAAGUUUUUUUAGUAUACAGUGGACAUUAAAGAAAAUCAAACAGUAGCAGGAGAGGGAGGAGGGGAGAGAGAGCUACAGAAGAUGACUGGGUUUCCCUGCUGCUGUCACAGAAAGCAGGAUUUCCCCCCUCCGUAGUACUGAUUCUUUAUUUUUAUGGACAGGCCUUGUGGAUGCACUUAGAUGUGUGCAAUGAGUGCUGUGGCUGGCAUGCGUCAGUGUUUUGGAUUGUGCUCUGGACUCAGUAGGACUCGAGACUCGCAGCAGCAGCACAGAGAGCACCGAGCGUCAUGAGCUUAGCCAUCCCUGCGGGGGUGGACACGGCCAACACAGCGUACCUCGACAUGGCUGCCGGAUCAGAACCUGAAUCUGUGGAGGCCAGCCCUGUGGUAGUGGAGAAGUCCAGCUACCCUCAUCAAAUCUACAGCAGCUCACACCACUCACACAGCUACAUCGGCCUGCCCUAUGCCGAUCAUAACUAUGGGGCACGUCCCCCACCCACGCCGCCGGCGUCCCCUCCUCCCUCUAUGCUGAUCCGACCAGGUGAGGGUGUGUUUGUGUCUGGCGGGCGAGCAGGUGAAGGUGUGUAUGUGCCGGUCGGUCAGGACGAAGCAUCCAGAGGAACCACACUCAGCACCUCUGAGGACGGCAGCUAUGGCGCAGACAUCACGCGCUGUAUCUGCGGCUUCACACACGACGAUGGCUACAUGAUCUGCUGCGACAAGUGCAGUGUGUGGCAGCAUAUAGACUGUAUGGGGAUCGAUCGGCAGCACAUACCUGAGACGUACCUGUGUGAGCGCUGUCAGCCGCGCAGCCUGGACAGAGAACGCGCCAUCCUACUGCAGACCAGGAAGAGAGAGAACAUGUCUGACGGCGACACCAGCGCCACAGAGAGUGGUGACGAGGUUCCGCUGGAACUUUACACAGCGUUUCAGCAUACACCCACCAGCAUCACGCUCACCACCGGUCGCCUCGGCAACAAGCAAGCCGACAAGAAACGCAAGAAGAGUGGAGACAAGGAGCCUGCGGCUCCAGCCCGGGCUAAAAAGGCAUUCCGUGAAGGCUCUAGGAAGUCUAAUAGAGUAAAAGGCUCUGCUCCGGAGUGUGAACCAAUGGAGCCUCCUUCUCUGUGGGAAAAUAAAGUGAAGUCGUGGAUGGAGCGCUAUGAGGAGGCCAGCAGUAAUCAGUACAGCGAAGACGUCCGACUGCUGCUCAGAGUCAAAGAGGCUCGAGACGGAAAGACACUCGCUUACAACACACACACCGCGGCCUUCAAACCACCUGUAGAGAGUCAUGUUCAGAAGAACAAGCGCAUCCUGAAGGCGGUGCGGGACUUGGCUGCAGAUUCACUCAUUAUAGAGUACAGAGGGAAGUUUAUGCUCAGACAGCAGUUUGAGGCCAACGGCUACUUUUUUAAAAGGCCGUACCCAUUUGUGUUGUUUUACUCCAAGUUUGACGGCUUGGAGAUGUGUGUAGAUGCACGCAGCUUUGGAAAUGAAGCACGUUUUAUUCGCCGAUCCUGCACACCAAAUGCAGAGGUGCGGCAUGUGAUAGAGGAUGGCAUGUUGCACUUAUAUAUCUACUCUCUGAGGUCCAUCCCUAAAGGCAGUGAGAUCACCAUCGGCUUUGACUAUGACUAUGGCAGCUGUAAAUAUAAAGUGGACUGUGCAUGUGUGAGGGGGAAUCAGGACUGUCCCGUGCUGAAGCACAACCUGGAGCCCACGGAGAACCUCGGGUCAGGCACACGGCGGCGGGGCCGAAAGGAUAAAGAGCCGAUGGUACGGGAUGAUAGCGGGCAGAACCAAAACCUCACACUGGACUGCGAUGGUCCAAAAGGGAAAACGAGCAACGACAGCAAACAGAGGAAACUGUCGCCCCUACGAGUGUCCAUCUCGAACAACCAGGAUCCUGAGUUAAUUGAGGAUCUAGAAGAGAAAACCUCCGUUAGCAAUGAAGUAGAGAUGGAGUCAGAGGAGAACAUUGCAGAAAGGAGGAAGAAGAUGACCCGUGAGGAGAGGAAGAUGGAGGCCAUCCUGCAGGCCUUUGCGCGGAUGGAGAAGAGAGAAAAGCGGAGAGAACAGGCUCUGGAAAGAAUCGGCACUAAAGGAGAGGUGGGGACUCGCAGUGAUAUUAAGGAAGAACCUCCUGCUACACCUGAGGCUGAAUCUCCUGCUACGCCUCUGCUGGAGACGGUGAAGGAGGAGCCGGGUCAGAAGCCAGCGAAGGUUAACCGGAACAAGCAGAGGAAGAGCUUCUCCCGGAACCGCACACACAUCGGCCAGCAGAGGCGCCGUACGCGCACAGCCAGUGCCUGCUCCGACCUGCCCCCCGGAUCCCCUGGUGACGCUCUGGAACCUUUAGCUGGAGAAACGCAGGAUGGAGAAACUCCUUCAGCGCCUGAGGCCGACGCCCCACCCACCAGCGCCCCCGACGCCAGCCCACCUCACAGUGGUUCACCCGCACCAACCUGCCGCAGUGGGCAGAAAUACCCAAAAACUAAAAAGCACUUAGUGAGUGAAUGGAUGGGUGUGGAGAAGCAGGAGCGAGUGAGCCGGACCCCAGAGCCGGUUCCUGAGCGUCCGCUGAGGAUCAGCAGUGAUCCGGAGGUUUUAGCCACUCAGCUGAACUCUUUGCCUGGCUUGUCUUGUAGUCCCCACGUUUACAGCACCCCCAAGCACUAUGUCCGGUUCUCCUCGCCGUUCCUGGCGAACCGCAGCCCCAGCGCUCCCGGUGUGCCCACAGGCCGCCGACGCUCCAGAGAGCUCCCAGAAACACCCCCCACCUCUGGAUCUUGCAAAAAGCGCUGGUUAAAGCAGGCGUUAGAAGAAGAGGGCUCUAUGAGUCCGGGAGGACGCACUGCUCUCUUAUUGCCCAGCGAUGGUCCGCUCAGCCCUCCCAUUAAUGGAGAGUCGGACAGCCCCCUCCCCUUCAACGGAAACUGCCCUCUACCAGAGCUUCCCACACCGCUGAAAAAGAGACGUUUAUGUCCGCUGGACGCGUGCAUGUCCGAAACUUCCACCCCGUAUGCGUCCCCAUGUGCAACCCCAACGCGAGCGGAAUCCAUAGACACACCAGGAACGCCUCAGUUACUGAAUACACCACCCCGCCCCCGCCCAGACGACGCCAGCACAGAACCUUCAACACCUACACACCCCAACUCAAAUACGUUACACACUGCGCCACAGGAAAGCGAGUCAUCUAUAGACAGCUCUCCGGAGGCUAGCCGAAGACCCAGUACACAAGAGGCUGAGCGUCCUCCCUCGUUGUUGGCCUCCCCCUGUGUGCGGCCGCAGGUUUCUGAAAACGUUCCCCAAGAAACAAGACAGGUUCCUGCUGGCUCUCAAAGCCCUGACCCUGCCCUCCCUGAAGCCCAUGACACAGCAGCAGACGAGGGAAUGGAAGCUGAAAGCAGUACAGAAACCCCUACCACCUCUGAGCCCCCGGCGUCAUCAUAUCACCCGUGGAUGAAAAGCCCAGAACGCGGUGGCCUCUCAUUCUCUCCUAUUAACUCCAACCUGAGGGACUUGACACCAUCCCACACGUUAGAAAUGGGAGCGUUCAGGCCCGAAGCUGCAACAACAGGGAGCUUCAGUGAGGGGGUGCCCUAUUACCCCUGCACCGAAGAAGGGGGCGCCAUGACAUUUACACGAUCGCUUAGUGGAGACGGCACAGAGGGUGGGGGAACUGCUCAGAACCCACCACAGAAGAAAAAGGUGUCUCUGCUGGAGUAUAGAAAGCGACAGCGUGAAGCCAGACGCAGUGGUGGCUCUAAGGCGGAGUGCGGUUCUCCUGUUUCCACGGUGCCCCCGGUGGACGUUUUCCCCAUUGCUGUAGAAACAGCCCCUGAGUCUGCAGCUCCUCUGGCCCCCAGGACUCCUCAGCCCAGUGAAGACCCAGAUGGCCCCCCACAGGGGGAGAGAGAAGGAGGAGAGGGACAGUGGACGUCAUCAACUUCAGUUGAGCAGGCCAGAGAGCGCGGUUACCACAGGGCAUUACUGCUGAGUGACCAUCGCAAAGACACAGAUGGAGGAGAGACAGAAGCUGUUGAUGCUCCUGUAAGGGAAUGUCCUUCACCCAAAAGCUGCAAGAGCCCCUCGACACACACAUUCUGCUCUCCAGGCCCUGGCGCAGUGCCCCAGUCAUCGUUUCGCUCAUCUAAAGAGGAAGAAUGCGACCCUCAGUCUCGUCCUCCGGCCCAGCCCCAGCCUCCGUCCGUCCAGCAGCCCGCCUCCAAGCCACCUCUGUCGAAACCAGCCCCUUUGACCCCCAGCAAGCUCCACUGCAGCACUUCUGCGGCUCCCCAGGGCCACUACCCCACUCCUUCGCUCCUUCCUUCUCCAAAACCUCAGCCCCAGGGUUCCCCCUACCGUGGCCAGAGGGCAUUUCUUUCUCCACAGCCUCAAAGCCAGCCCCCACAGCCCCAGGCAUCAUCUGGAUCUGCAGCUUUUCCACAAUACAACCCUCAAAAUGCCCCUCCUCCUCCUCCUCCACCACCUCCAGCACCUCCAACCUCAGCCACCUACUUCCAACCACAGCCUUCCCCAACUACAGCACCUUUUGCCGGGCUUAAAACGGCUGUGUCAACCCCGUUUCCUGGAUCUCAGCCGUUAUUGCAGCCUCACCAUACGCUUCACUUCCAGAGCAACGCAGCUCCGCCACCUCCACCGCCUCCCCCUCCACCCCACCCUCAACCUGGCCCCGCCCUCUUGCACGUCAAUCUCCAGGCUCCUCCAAUCCAGCAACAUCAGCUUCUCCUGAGCUCGGCCCCUCCACCACCCCCUCCGCCGCCCCCUCAGGGUCAGAGUACUCAGCCUUCGUUAACACAGCAGACAAAUGGCAGCACCCUUCUGUCAGUCAAGCAAGCCCCGCCCCCUCCACCGCUCCCACCUCCACCGCCAGCACCCUCUAGUGGUGCACCACACCCUUUUCAAAAUAUGGCUGGCUUCCAGCCCACUCUAAUCCACCAGUCAGCAGCCAGCAACCCCUCAGUACCACCCUCAACGUAUCAACAGACUGUGUUACCGCCCCCUCCUCCACCUCCCCCUCAACAAACCCCGCCUCCUCAGUCCCCAUCCAAUCCUAACGCUCCGCAGAUCACCAGCGGCAACCGAGGACCGCCCCCUCCUUCUUCAGCCGCCUUCCAUAACACAGGCUACAUGGGAACGGGGUGGCACUGACCACGCCCACUUUACCUGCCCCAGAAAGACUCAUCUGGAGAGAGGGGCAGUGGACACAUGGUGUAAACAUAGGAAACUCGACCUUGUAAAUAUUUUCUAUUUUACACACGGCCGAAUGAAAAACAGGAACGUGGCAGAAGAACAGAAGGGUACCCUUUCAAAAAAAAAAAGAAAAGUAAAAAAAAACAUUGAAUAAGAACAGGACUGUAAAACAAUCUGGAAAGACUAUGUAAAACAAGAAGGUGGAUGAUUAGUGGUGCUUCAUCACUUACUCACAAACCCCCUCUCACUUGCUGUUUCUCGUCCAGACUUCUGUUAUUUGUCUGUUAUUUUUCCCCUUUUUUCACCUGUUGUUUUCUCUCUUUCUACCUUUCUGUGGAUCUCUGUUUUCCUCAUCCCUGUUUCUUAACCCUUUUUCUUUUCUUUUUUUUCUUUUUUUUUUAUGAUGAACAUUCCAUUCUCCCCACCAUGUAUUUGUUCUAUUAGUGGUUCAUUUAUAGCAAAAAGAAAUGCUUUUUUGUAUAGAGAAAACAAAAUACAGAAUUAUUAUUUUUUUUAAUCCUUCAUGUAACAAGACAAAAAAAAAAGAAAAAACAAAAUAUCUGUGCACGGCUGCAGAAAAAUUCAGAAGAGACCUUUCUGAUAGGCCGCUUCACAGCUCCAGGAGUGUGCACUUCUCUGUGUGUGAGUAUGACUGAGUGUGAAUUAGGAGGGAAAGGCGGAAAGAAAAGGGUUUGUAUGCGCGUUUGUCUAUAUUAACGUGUUUUGUCGUGUGUGUGUGUGUGUGUGAGAGAAGGUGAGUAAGGUAACCCAGGCUUUGUCAGCCUGAUUGAAAGUUUGUUCCUGUUGGCCGUAAGCGGUUUAUUUUUGAAUAUCAAUGGUUAUUUGUAGAAAGUGUAAUUUAAUGUAUAGGUGGUUUACUCCAGCUUUCUCCAGAAACAGGUGUAAAUAUCGGCUUCUUUUCUUUUCUAUGCUUGUACAAUUUGCUCCCAUCCCAUUUUGGAAUAUGGUUGUAAAUAUGAGCGGCUCUUGGCAAAAAAGGAAAACAAACAAACAAGAAAAAAAGCUGAAUGUUUCUGUGACCGUAGCACUAUUUUUAUUUCCUUCUCUCUGGAUUUAUUCGAUUUGUCUCUCUCUUUUAUUUUUUAUUAUUCGUGUGUGUGAGUGUAUGUGUGUGUGAAGAGCAGAAGCUCACAGACACAACACUGGUUGGAUAUUUUCAUGGUUCAUUAUAAUAAAUCACUGUAAUGACAGUUUUAUACCA